ACCGUGUCAGGAAGAUCCCGACCCCGCGAGGCUGGUCCAGCCCCUGCUUUCCUGUCCCCGCGCGGCUGCUCCAUCCUCCGAGGGGGUAGAUAGCGGCUUCACCCAGCGCAGCGAUGCAGGGUUGGAGGCAGGCGGCACCUGGAGGUUCUGAGACUGUCACAGGUCAGGGGACAGGACCGAGAACCAGCAGAAACCUGUGUCAGGAGAGAGAGUCAGAGCCGGGCUGCUCCAUGUUGGAACUGAGGCUUCUACUUUUAGGGAAACAUGGCGCAGGGAAAAGUGCCACAGGAAACACCAUUCUGGGCAAAGCUGUGUUCAAGUCCAGGUUCAGUGAGCAGAUGGUGACUAAAACGUGCCAGAGAGAGAGAGGGGCCACGCAGGGGAGGGAGGUUGUGGUCAUUGACACCCCUGACCUUUUCUCCUCGAUAGCUUGUGCCAAUGACAAGGAAGGCCACAUUGAGCGCUGCCUGGAGCUCUCGGCUCCCAGCCUCGACGCCUUGCUUCUGGUAAUUCCCAUCGGCCAUUAUAAGGUGGAGGACAGAGAAACAAUCAAGGGCAUCCAGAAGGUGUUUGGAGCUAAAGCCAGGAAGCACAUCAUUAUAGUCUUUACUUGGAAGGAUGAUUUGAUGGAUGGCUUGCUGGAAGAUUACAUUGAAAGUGACAAGUCUGUGAAGGACUUGGUUCAAAACUAUGGCGUCCGAUACUGUGCUUUCAACAACAAGGCAAGUGAAGAUGAGCGGAACGCCCAGGUGAAGGACCUCCUCUGCAAGGUCAAGUGUUUGGUGGAUGAGAACCAAGGACCAUACUGGGUGAACUUCAGAAAUGAAGACAGUGGAUUCCAGGACUGUGUGAAUGAAGCUACCUCUCAGAGGGAGGGCCAUCCCCACGGGUCAGGGGAGGAACAUCACCAGACUACAGGAUGUGAGCCGGACCGUGAGCCGUCAGCACUGAAGGUCUUGCUCGUGGGGAAGCACGGUGUGGGAAAAAGUACAGCCGGAAACAGCCUUCUGGGGAAGUGGGUCUUUGAGACCCAGUACAGUGAAAAGCCAGUAACCCAGAGGUGUAAGUCUGAGAGAAGAACCUGGAGAGGGAGGAAAGUUUUGAUCAUUGAUACUCCAGACUUCUCAUCUCCAAAGGAUGUUGAACAAGACCUUUUGAACCACACCUUUCCGGGUCCCCAUGCCUUCCUGCUGGUGACCCCACUGGGCUCUUUCAGUGAGAGAGAUUGCACGGUGCUGAGUACCAUCCAAAGCAUUUUUGGAGAUAAAUUCAUUGAGUACAUGAUUGUUCUCCUCACCAGGAAGGAAGAUCUAGGGAAUCAGGAUCUAGAUACGUUCUUAAAAAUCAGAGCUAAAAGGCUCUACGAGCUCAUCGAGGAAUGUAAAAACCGAAGCAGCGUCUUCAACUCUAGAGCAACGGGAGAAGAGGAACGGUGCCAGGUGGAUGAGCUCCUGCAAAAAAUUGUGAGCAUGGUGCAGCAGAAUGGAGGCAAGCCUUGCACCUUCAGGGGGAAAGAGCCCCUGUGCGUUAUCCUCGUGGGGAGGAGUGGGACUGGAAAGAGUGCCAGCGGUAACACCAUCCUCGGGAGGCCGGCGUUCCGCUCUCAGCUGGGAGCACAGCCGGUCACCAGGACAUGCCAGAGCGCCUGGACGGCGUGGGACGGGCAGGAUGUUGUGGUUGUGGACACUCCCCUGCCCUGCCUGGUGUCCGGAGCUGAAGGGGGUCCAUCCCAGCUAGACGGGGAGGUCAAACGCUGUUUGGCCUACUAUAAAGAAGGCAGUACGGUUCUGGUCCUGGUAUUACAAAUAGGACGGAUCACUGGAGAGGACAAAAAGGCAGUGGCGGAAUUAAAGACCAUCUUUGGAGAGGAAGUUAUGAAAUACACGAUUGUGCUGUUUACCCGGAAGGAAGACUUAGAGACCGGGAAGCUUGAAGAUUAUGUCAAAAACACAAAUAACAGAUAUCUUAGGGACAUAAUCGAAAAAUGUAAGGGGAGAUAUUGUGCUUUUAAUAACAAAGAAACUGGCCAAGCCAGGGAAGAGCAGGCAAGAGAGCUUUUGUCAGAGGUUAGUAACCUGAUAAAGUGCCAUGGAGAGCACGAACAUCCCCGUCCAUGGGGGAAUGUAGGCAAAAUAAUGAAAAAUUUUCAGCCCUCAAAAUUACUAAAUAAUUUAAAAAGUACAUUACUGUAAAAUUACUAAAUAACUUAAGGGGUAAGUCACUGUAGGAAGCCCCACAUUACUAAAUCAUUUAAAAGGUAAGUUGCUAUAGCAAGCUGAAAUGCCUGGGGUCUCUUUAAGUUAGAGAUACCCUCAGGCUACAAG